AUGGCUACAACUAAAAUUGCUUUAAUGGAAGAACAGACAUACAUAAUUCACAUGGACAAGACCAAAAUCACAGACUCAGAUCAUCAACAAUACUACCAAGCAGUGAUUGAUUCCGUCACCAAACUCUCAUCUCAAGAAGAAGAAGAAGAAAACAAGACACCAACUCCUCAGCUCCUUUACAUAUAUGAAACUGCUAUAUCAGGUUUUGCAGCAAAGUUGUCAACCAAUCAACUCAAAUCCUUGAACCAAGUUGAUGGUUUCCUCUUUGCCAUACCUGAUGAGCUGCUAAGUCUCCAUACCACACAUACUCCACAGUUCCUUGGCUUACAAAAUGGCAAGGGACUUUGGAGCGCUUCCAACUCAGCCUCGGAUGUAAUUGUUGGCCUUGUUGACACAGGAAUCUGGCCAGAACAUGUAAGCUUCCAGGACUCAGGUAUGUCCCCGGUACCCUCUCGCUGGAAAGGCACUUGUGAAGAAGGCACAAGGUUCUCAUUUUCAAAUUGCAACAAAAAGCUUAUUGGUGCAAGAGCUUUUGUCCAAGGGUAUGAGGCCAUUGUUGGCAGAGUCAAUGAAACAGUGGAUUAUCGAUCCCCUCGUGACUCAAAUGGGCAUGGAACUCAUACUGCUUCCACUGCAGCUGGUAACUUUGUGAAUCAAGCCAGCUUAUUUGGCUUGGCCAAGGGCUCAGCCAGUGGAAUGAAGUAUACUGCAAGAAUUGCAGCCUAUAAGGCCUGCUGGACAUUGGGAUGCGCUAACUCUGAUGUAAUGGCUGCUAUUGACAGUGCUGUUGCAGAUGGGGUAGACAUUUUGUCACUCUCAUUGGGAGGUGUUUCUAAGCCUUAUUACAAAGACAAUAUUGCUAUAGCUUCAUUUGGGGCAAUCCAACAUGGAGUUUCUGUGUCAUGCUCAGCCGGUAACUCAGGCCCUUCUAGGUCAAGUGUUAGUAAUGCCGCACCUUGGAUUAUGACUGUUGUUGAUGCUCUUUUUCGGAGAGGGUCAACUUAG